AUGGCUGAUCCCUCAAAUGAACUGGUAGAACCUCAGCAGCUGCAAUGGUUCCACAAAUACAAGCACCAACGGGCAACACUGCAUCUCAUCGACCUAUACGGAGCGUGCCUGGUAGAUUCUACAGAGCCAGACAAGGCGGAAACAGCAGUUAAGCACCUAAAAAUCAUAAACUCCCGCAUUCAGUUUUUGAAUCAUGAACUCGGCCUCCCAAGUGACCUGGGUGUCAUUGAUUAUGGGGUGUUCCAGCACAGCUGGGAAUUGAAACAGGACAGGCAAGUCGUCGAGCAAGGACUCAAACGAUACUGCGCUACGAAAAGAUAUAUGCAGGGAUGGAGCAAUAUGCCACCUACACAUGACUAUAGUUACUUCCCGGAACCUGAGGAACCCGAUAAUGAUGAGUGGGACAUUUUGGUGCCUUGGCUUCGCCUUAUAUGGGCAUUGCUCAAGAAACGCCCCCGGCUAGAGGCUCAACUGGUAUUGCUUGACGACAUUGAAGGGAUGCUCCUAGAAUAUCUGGGUGAUCCGGGCGAAGACCUAUCCGUCAGCCCCUGUGACGCGUUAACGGCUAUCAUCUCUUUACAUGAAAUGAGCAGGCUAGCGCCCUAUGAUGCUGGCAGUGAGACCGGCAUAUCGAUACAAGAUUACGAAAUCGAAAGAGAGAAUCUCCGGCGUAUGUGUGAAUUUCAAGGGUUCCCAUGUACCUGGAUACCAUUGCUUGGCAUGGGAGGCAACUGA